CUCUCACACUCUCUCUCGGUCUGCAUUCGUUCCUUCACCCUCCCGUCUGCUCUCCCUCCCUCUCCUUCCUUCUCUCUCUUUCUCUUGUGCACACACUCUCUCUCACUCUCUCGCUCUCUCUCUCACUCUCUCGUGCUCCCUCUCUCCUGCCUGCUCUCUUCGCUUCAGUCCGGGAUAAAUAAAGCCAGCCAGAAGGAUGCGGAGUGCAGGAGAGUCGCGGUUGCCCGUGGACGAUGCGCAAUGUUGAGCCGCCGUUGCUGAGGAUUUUACAGGCGCUCUUUCGCUCUCUGUGGAUCUGCCACCCCAAACCUUUUUUUACCUCCCCUUUUCCCACCCAUCCCACUACCACCACACCACCCACCCACUGGAGGAUGCUCAGUCUUACCUGCUCUGCUGCCGUACUACUACUACUACUAGCUGCCAGGACUACUGCCACUUUCCCAGCUGCUCUCUCCAGCUUCUCCUGCCCCACAGAUCCACUCUCGCUUCCAGCCAGCCACAGGGGGCUCCGGCUGCCCCUUCUUUCCUGAGACCCAUGGAGCCCACCCUGAAGGCAGAUCCCCCACUUUGGUAGACGUUCUUCCUUCCUCCUCUUCUCCUCCUCUCCUACUUCCCCUUUUCCUUCUUGCUGCGGGCUUGGCACUAGCUUUGCCAGGCAUAGAGAUAAGGAGGCACUGGCAGCUCUCCAGCUCCAUGCUUUGACCCCUUCAAGGCUGCGAUUGUCGGCAUCUGACAAAGAGAUGACCCAAGAACAGUGCACUCAUAGGAACAAUGUCCAGAGCACAGAGAAACCGCACGUGUACAAAGUGGGCAUCUACGGCUGGCGGAAACGUUGCCUUUACUUCUUCGUCCUCCUCCUCAUGAUCCUCAUCCUGGUCAACCUCGCGCUCACCAUCUGGAUCCUCAAGGUCAUGAACUUCACCAUAGAUGGCAUGGGUCACUUGCGAAUCACAGAGAGAGGACUCAAACUAGAGGGCGACUCCGAGUUCCUCCAGCCGCUGUAUGCCAAAGAAAUCCAGUCCAGACCAGGUAGUCCACUUUUCCUGCAGUCAUCUAAAAAUGUCUCAGUCAACAUCCUCAAUGGGAAGAACCAGCUGGUCUCACAGCUAAUUGCAGGUUCCCAUGGAGUUCACGCGCGGGGCAAGAUGCUCGAGGUGAAGUCAAGCUCGGGCAAGCUGUUGUUCUCCGCCGAUGACCACGAGGUGGUGGUGGGGGCCGAGAGAUUACGAGUCAUGGGGGCAGAGGGAGCCGUGUUCAGCAACUCAGUGGAGACCCCACACGUCCGAGCGGAGCCCUUCAAAGAGCUGCGCCUGGAGUCUCCCACCCGUGCACUGUACAUGGAGGCUCCUAAAGGCGUCCAGAUUCAGGCGGAGGCGGGCGACAUCCAGGCCACCUGCAGAAGCGACCUGCGUCUGGAGUCUAAAGACGGCGAGAUCACUCUGGAUGCCAAGAAAAUCAAGCUCCUGCGUCUGCCCGAGGGGAAAGCCUCGCCCUCAGGAACCAGACAGACUGUCUUUGAGGUGUGUGUCUGCCCCAAUGGGAAACUCUUCUUAUCACAAGCUGGAACAGGAUCCACAUGCCAGAUCAGCAACAAUGUCUGCCUCUAGACACUCUUUAACUCCUGAACACACACACACACACACAUACAUACACACACAAACGGCCAUACACACACACUAACACAUACACACACACACACACACACACACACACAACUGUCCCUUUUUACCCACACGAACUGCAAACCUGAUCCUCUGAAGAGUCCCAAUGUGAUAAGAACUUGAAUCACUGAAUCUUUCUUUGUGGAGAUCCGUGAAGAGACACUUCAGUGUCGCAGCCUGUUUUGCUGGGCCAUUUUAACGGCAGAAACUUUUGGGUGAUCACCUCGAAAUACACCUCAGUUCGCCUGCAUUUCUCAACCGCUUUUUUUUUUCGUCCAGUCCACAGAUUUCCACAGCUGUUUUAUUCUAAUUCUUUAGAUUU